GAUAGACCCAGGCCCAAGCGGAGCUCUCUGGGGUAGCUGGCGACUAUCAGGUAGCACCGCCGCCCACGGGGAUGGUCUGUGGGAGAGGGGCUCCGGUUGCAAGAGGUUCAGCUGGUGGGAGCGCUCCUGUUGAUACGAGGACGCUCAACUAGCGGGGCUGAAGGUCUCCUGGGGAGGGGAGGCUAUAGAUACUGUGGUCACUGAGCUGCCAGCGUCCACGUCUCCGGGCUGAAGGGGACCAUAGAUUCCGAGACUUGCUAAGCUGUCAAGGUCCCUAUUUCCAGGUUGGAGGGAGCCCUGGGGUUGCUGGGUGCGGGGUUGGUCGACAGUCGCACAGCUGAGAUGACAUGGUCUCUAGUUUGACACCUAGUCCCGCGCUCGAUCAGGAUGGGCAGUAGCUCGCUGUCAGAGGACUAUCGCCUGUGCCUGGAGCGCGAGCUGCGGCAUGGCCGCGCGGGGGUAUGCGGCGACCCCUCGCUGCGCGCGGUGCUCUGGCAGAUUCUGGUGGAGGACUUCGACCUGCACGGGGCGCUACAGGACGAUGCGCUGGCGCUGUUCACUGACGGCCUGUGGGGCCGAGCUGACCUGGCACCAGCCCUCCGCGAUCUGGCCCGCGCCUUCGAGCUCCUAGAGCUGGCCGCUGUGCACCUGUACCUGCUGCCCUGGAGGAAGGAGUUCACCACUAUCAAGACCUUCUCAGGGGGCUAUGUGCACGUGCUGAAGGGCGUGCUCUCCGAGGAGCUCCUGACGAGAAGCUUCCAGAAGAUGGGCUACGUGCGCAGGGACAACCACCGCCUUAUGGUGACCACCCCACCCCCCGCCUGCCAGCUGGUCCAGGUGGCCCUAGGCUGCUUUGCCCUUCGGUUGGAGUGUGAGAUCCUAGGAGAGGUGUUGACUCAGCUGGGUACGAGCGUGCUACCAGCUGAGGAGCUGCUCCGAGCUCGGAGGGCUAGUGGGGAUGUAGCCUCCUGUGUAGCCUGGCUGCAGCAGCGGCUGGCCCAAGAUGAGGAGCCACCACCCCUACCCCCUCGGGGCACACCUGCCGCUUAUGGGGCCCCGGUGGACCUGUAUCAGGACCUGCAGGAGGACGAGAGCUCAGAGGCCAGUCUGUAUGGUGAGCCUUCCCCGGGGCUGGACUCACCUCCUGGGGGAUUGGCUUAUAGACCACCACUCUGGGAGCAGAGUGCCAAACUGUGGGGUUCUGGGGGCCAGCCCUGGGAAUCCCCGGCUGAUGACAUGCACCGGGCCAGUAGCCCACCGUACGGGGCUCUGGAAGAGGAGCUGGAGCCAGAACCCUCUGCUUUCUCCUUCCUCUCUCUGCGCCGUGAGCUGAGUCGCUCAGGGGACUUGGCUCCCCCUGAGUCCCCUUCAAGCCCCGGGCAAGCCAGCCCCCGACACAGGCAGGCAGAAGGAGCAGCAUCCUCGGCCUAUGGGCCUGCGGUUGAGCCCCUGAGCUACCAGGCCCACAGCUGCUUGAGCCCUGGCAACCUACCCACUCUCUGCUGUGACACUUGCCGCCAGCUACACGCUACCCACUGCACUGCCCUAUCUGCCUGUCGCCCAACUCAUUCACUGCGCAUACUUCUUGGUGACAACCAGAGACGCCUGUGGCUGCAACGAGCACAGGUGGAUACCCUGCUCUAUGACAGUCCUGGGGCCCGUCCCUAGGCCCAGAUGGACCCCAUGGGGGACAGUUUCCAUGGUGCUUCUUUUGGAAAAGGGCCUAGGCCACUGGCUGCCCUGGCCCUCCUAUUCCCCAGGGGAGUCCAGGACCUGCAGUUCAAAGAGAGUAGAGCCUUCAUGGAACGCUCGCCUGGUGCCGUAUCAGGCCUCCUCACUGACAUGCCCAUCUCAGCCCUGGUGCAGCAGGCCGAGCUCAGUCAACAAGAUCCUUCCCUCUCAUCCCUAGCCUCAGGCCCAGAUGUGCUGAGUAGAGAAGUCCAGGUUACCCGUGUUACAGUACCCAAACUCAGAAAGACCACACCCUAUGAACUGCCUGAAGCUCCCACCUGAUCCCUGGAAUCUGUGACUGAGGCUAUGGCCCUCUCUCCAUGUGCUGAGAAACCCUCACCCAGGAGCCUGCUCAAGAGCUUUCAGGUGACACAGUAAGAUCCUGGAGUCAGCACUGGGCCAUGUGGGAGGGUCUGAAGGAGCAGAGCUCACUUAGCUGUGAGCACCCCAGCUCACCUGUGCUGUCAGCAAGGAGGCAUGGAGCUGCAAAAGCAGUGGGAGGCACACUCCCAGGCAGUGGGGGAGCUGUCACCCCUUCUCAGCAGGAAUGAUUCUCAGCAAUCAGCUGCCUACCAGCCAAAGAGGAGAGCAUGUACAAGCCACUUCACCGGCUAUUGCCGAAAAGCAGCUCACCGCCCCAUGCAGCUCACUCCAGGCAGUUAACCAGGAACAAGUUAUACCCUCCUCUCCCAUCGGGGUAACCCAGGACCCCUCAUUAGGGGCCCUAACCCACUAAUCCUCAGGCUAGGGAUAGUGAAGGGCUGGGUUUUCAUCAACCACUCGGAGGCCCAGGCACAGUGAUGACCACUCGCCAACACUUUCUCUAGUGACACCCCUCAGCUGAGCCUGUUCCUGCUCCUCAUGCAGGCCCUCAGAGGACGCUGUCCAUGUUGCAUGGAUCGAAACUCCACAGUACAUUAAAGGACUGCCAAACUCUGUACUA